GCGCCUUUUUUGCCGCAUUCCUACGGCCUCUGGCUCGAGGACAACUCCCUGACGCUCUUCAAAAUAUUCCUCCUUGUUGUUGCUGUUGUCCUCGUCGCUGUUCUUGUUCAGAAGAAAAUAGGCACCCAAGGUCUCAAGGUGGAGACGGUGGAAAAAAUUAUGGGCCUCAGGGGUCCUAGGUUCAGGAAACGGGACAAAAUGUUAUUCUACACUAAACGAAUGCUUCGGCACAUGAACACCCUAGCAGCUCCUUAUGGAAAGAGGGUGAAGAAGAGACAGAUGGUUUUGAGAUUGGCGAAGAAGAUCAUGUUCCCUAAGAGAGAGCUGCCGCAGCUUCAGGUCAAAGAGCCCUCUCAAGCCUUCCUUGAGGAAGAUCUCUCAGAGCAGCGCGAAGACGGCAAAUUACCGGAGGACGUUCUGUAUCUCAUCCGCUCGAUCCGGAUAUUUGGCUUCCUUGAAAGACCUCUAUUCUUGGAUUUGUACAAGCACAUCGAGAGUUACAAUAUCAAACAGGGGGAUAUGCUCUUCGACGUCGGCGACGAAGACGACUCGAUCUACACCGUAUACAGCGGAUGCAUCAGCGUUUUCAUAAGAGAAGGGGAGGACGAGCUCGUUUUCAAGCAAGUUCGCGCGGGAGACAGCAUCGCGAGUUUCCUCUCUUGUCUAAUUGUGCUCACCAACAAGCAGAGCAGUUUCAAGACCGUUGCUGCAAGGGCCAUGGAGGAUUCGAAGGUGUUGCGCCUGAGAUACACUGAAUUCAGUGACCUAAUCAAGCGCCACCCGGAUUCCAUGGUUCGGCUCGUGCAGGUUGUGAUGAUUCGUUUGCAGAGAGUAAAUUUCAGCGCGCUCCACGACUAUCUCGGCCUCACCACUCAGAUGAUGAGGCCGCGAGACCGGAGCAGGAGUUUCAUUCACCACAGAGGGAGCCCAAUAAAGCCCCAACUGUCGUACGAAGGCAUUGAAGUGGUUCGAGGUCAAGCUAACAGAGUAUCGCCAGCUAAAGCCCACCCCGACACCUCCAAAGGUCGCAGAGCAUCAGUGGUUGGAUUGUCCGAGCCGACCAAGUCGGAACCGGCGGAGCAGGAUUGUCUCCGACAAGCAGCACAAGCUUUCAUGCGUCACCUGAGGUUGUCUUCAGAGGAACUCAUACUCGACAAACUGACUCUCCGAGAAUAUAAAAUAGGGGAGAAUCUCACGACCCAGAACGACACCGAUCACAUAAACCACCUCUACUACAUCAUUCAGGGUGUGGUCGAGGUCCGACAAAGCACCUCGCACAAAGGGAAGGAACCGGAUGAGAUGUACUAUUCUCAUCCUGGAGAUAUCGUCGGGAUCUUCGAGACACUGACCUCGGAGGUUCCUUUCGUCACUCGUGUGGCUAAGACACGGGUCAGGGUGGCCGCAAUUCCCGCAUCCACAGUCUAUUCACUUCUCGUCGAUAACCCCGACGCUGUCCUCCAUCUGGCCGCAGGUCUGAUCGACAAGCUGUCUCCCUUCCUUCGCCAGAUCGAUUUCGCCAUGGAUUGGGUUCAGAUCGACAGCGGAAGAGUUGUAUACCGGCAGAAUGACGAGUCCGACGCAAUGUACAUAAUUCUCAGCGGUCGUUUGCGAUCGGUGGUGACCAGUUCCGAUGGCAAGAAACGGAUGGUCGGUGAAUACGGUCGUGGAGAUCUCGUAGGUCUCGUCGAAGUGCUGACAGAAGCUCCGCGCGCUACGACAAUGAUGGCAGUGAGAGACACGGAGUUGGCGAAAUUUCCUGUCGGUCUAUUGAAUGUUAUCAAAAUUAAGCAUCCCGUGGUGGUGACUCGACUCAUACAGCUCCUGGGUCAAAGAAUCCUGGGCAGUAUGCGGGAUACGGUGACGCCUACACAGGAUGUCGUGCCCCACCGGAAAUCUCAAUCCAACUUCACCACGAUCGCGUUACUGCCGGUCACGGACGACGUGCCCUUGCACGCUUUCGCCAUGGAGCUCAACUAUGCCAUACAAGGUCUUUCUCUACGUUUGACGUCGGAUUACGUUAAGAAGGAACUCGGACCGAACGCUCUCGACAAAAGCAAUGAAUACAGGUUGUGCUCCUGGCUCGGCCAGCUCGAAGACCGCCACAAAAUUCUCCUCUAUCAAUGCGACAGGGAUUUUACGUCGUGGACACAGCAAUGUAUCCGUCAGGCGGACUGCAUCCUGAUCGUCGCCGUGGCCGAAAACGGGCCUGAGGUGGGCCAAUUGGAGAAGCAGGCCGAGUCGAUCGCAAAACGAACCCAGAAGGAACUCGUCCUCCUGCAUCGCGAAGGAGGUCCCCCGCCCCAGAACACCGUCGAGUGGUUGAAUAUCCGAUCUUGGUGUUCCUCGCAUCAUCACCUGCGCUGCUCCAAGCGUAUCUUCACGAAACGCAGCAAGCUGCAGGAGAUCUACCGGAAACUUGAGAGCACUCCGUGCAAUAUCCACUCGGAUUUCUCGAGACUCGCCAGGUUCCUCACCGGAACUUCAAUAGGGCUUGUACUCGGGGGCGGAGGCGCUCGUGGUUGUUCCCACGUGGGAAUGAUCAAGGCGAUUACGGAAGCUGGCAUACCCAUCGAUAUGGUUGGCGGCGUUUCGAUUGGCGCUUUCAUGAGCGCCUUGUGGGCUCAGGAGCUGGACAUGACUUCAUUCACCCAGAAAGCUCGUGACUGGGCGUACCAGACCGUUUCUCCGUGGCAACAGGUUUUCGAUAUCACUUAUCCAAUUACCGCGUGGUUCACCGGUAAAGCGUUCAAUAGUGGGAUCCAUGGCAAAUUCGGUGACAAAUCAAUCGAAGACCUUUGGCUUCCAUACUUCGCCGUGACAACGGACAUAACGAACAGCUGUCCGAAAGUCCACCGCCACGGCUCCCUGUGGAGCUACGUGCGUUCAUCGAUGUCGCUGGCCGGCAUCCUGCCACCUCUCUGCGACCCAAUCGACGGGCACCUGUUGCUCGACGGAGGCUACGUGAACAAUUUGCCGGCUGACGUCAUGUACCGGGAAAUGGGUGCGGAAACCAUCAUCGCUGUCGAUGUGGGCAGUCAAGACGAAACGGACCUGACCAAUUACGGGGACACACUCAGCGGCUGGUGGCUCCUCUUCAAGAGAUGGAGUCCCGUGAACAUUGGCGAUCCCGUGAAAAUUCCGAAUUCGGCCGAAAUCCAAUCGAGGCUCGCAUAUGUCUCGUGCGUUCGCCAACUGGAAGAGGUCAAAAACAGUGACUACUGCACCUACGUCAGACCUCCGAUCGAUCGCUAUAAAACGCUUCAAUUCAACUGUUUCAACGAAAUCAUGGAUGUGGGCUAUCAACACGGGAAGACUCUCUUCGCCGGGAUGAAAGCCGUUCAGCAAGACCAAAACAUCAAGCUCCUAUUGAGUAUUGGAAAGGAUCCAGCCUCACCAGAACCACAAUCUCCUACUGGGUCCAUUCCCCCGCCGACGAAACCAACGACGUUCACGGAUUUGGCUGAAAUUGUUUGCAAGGUCAAGAAGCCCAUCAGAGACCCGACGGAGAGCUUCGACGACGAGCUGUCGGAGAAUUUCGUAGACGAGACCGAUUUCAGUCAGGAGGAAAUGUGAUGGUGGGAUGAGGUCUGAGUGCGGUCAGAGCCUGCUGUAUGAAGUCUCAAUCACGAUGGGGUCACGAGUUACGAGGCUCGAAUGUAGGGAACCCCAAUCACCCAUUGCCACUCAGACAUCUCCCCACUCUGAGCUCAGAGAUGGCUUUCUCGUCAAGGAGCUAUCACCGACACACAGUACCAGAGUUAACUACCAAAGAGAGCAACUUUCG